UUCAAGCGCAAGUAAAUAUGUCAAUAUUAUCUACCUAAAAAUCAGUCAAUGCAGUAAAUUCUGUAACAGCAGUUGUAUCUGUUUCUGUAGAGAAUAAACGUCGGCACAGAUAACCCGUGUAGCAAAUAUGGUGUUUAUAGGAAUUCCAAUCCUGCUUACACUGUGCCUGUAUAUCCAGAAGUCGGCAUGCGAUGUAGAUCCUAACUUAACCGUAGAGAAUGCAAAUGCCUUCAUAGCUGAAAACAAAGAUACCAUCAACCAAACAUACAGGUUAAAGUACCACGCAAUGGCACCCAUAGGAUGGAUCAACGACCCCAACGGGUUUAUCUUCUUCCAAGACGAAUAUCAUUUGUUUUAUCAGUACAACCCAUACAACGCAUAUCCCAAUAAAAUCCACUGGGGUCAUAUGAAGAGCAAAGACCUGAUCCAUUGGGAAGAUCUCCCGGUAGCUCUGGCACCUGACCAGGAUUACGACAGCGAUGGGGUAUUCUCUGGUAGUGCCAUAGUGAAGGAUGGGAAGUUAUACGCCAUGUAUACAGGAAACAGCGGUGACAGACAAGUUCAAUGCAUCGCCGUCUCUGAAGAUGGCAUAAGCUUUCAGAAAAUCGACCAAAAUCCGGUGUUGGACGCAAAUAGUUUACCUUCGAACGCGAAGCCUCAAGAUUUUAGAGACCCGAAGGUAUUCCAACGUGGUGACCUCUACUACGUUGUAACUGUAUCUAAAACUGUGGAUGAGACAGGGCAAGUGUUGCUUUACCAAUCAACGGAUCUAAUCAACUGGGAAUUCAAGUCUAUACUCCUCGAAGGUACCAAGGAGCAGGGCAUCAUGUGGGAAUGCCCAGACUUAUUCGAACUGGACGGGAAGGAUGUCUUACUCCUCUCUAUCAUUCAGAUCGCCAGGUCCGGUAACGACUACAGCAACAUAGAUUCAGUUGUUGAAUUCAUAGGCGAGAUGAACUGGGACGAAGGGAAGUUCGCUGUGGAAUCCAUUAAAGAACUUGACCACGGAAUGGACCUCUAUGCUACUCAAACCGCUACUGAUGAUAAAGGAAGAAGAAUCGUAACAGCCUGGAUGAAUAUGUGGGGUAGAACUUACCCCACAGCUGACCUCGGCGACGGCUGGGUAGGAGCCAUGAUAUUACCGCGAGAGCUUCACAUUGAAGAUGGAUUUUUGGUGCAGAGCCCUGUUUCUGAAAUUGCCAGUUUCUACGAACAAGUGGCCGAGUAUACCAAUGUCACUUUAACGGAUCAAACUAGUAGGUUUCAUCUGGUCAGUGGUGAAGUGGGAGAAAUGGAACUCCAAGCCAACUUAGAAAACACCAACACCUUCACUAUUGAACUAAGAGCUAACGAUGACGAAAAAACUAUUCUUUCUUACGAUACUGAGAGCAGUGAGUUGACUUUGGAUAGGACUAACAGUGGCAUCAGCAUUACUGGAAAUGAAAAUCCUCAAGUUUUCGCUCGCAAGGUUCUGGCUCCCUUGAACGACAAUCGUUUGAAGCUUCAGGUAUUCCUGGACCAAUCUUCUGUAGAAGUGUUUGUAAAUGAUGGGAGAGAAUCUCUAACUGCUAAUAUAUAUCCAACCAAAGUGCCUUCAGAUUCAAUUCGGUUCACAGCGGAAGGAACAGCUCUAAUAGAGAGAUUAACAUUUUCCAACAUAAAUUUGGACUAGCAAAAUAUUUUUUAUUAAUCUGUUGUAAUUAUACAAAAAUCAUAUGUUAUUGUUUAAUUUGGACACUUAUAGAAAGAGAUGAAAUAAAAAUAAUAAUUUUUGUUUA